AUGAUUCAUCAAGAAGUGUUGAAAAUGGAGAUUGAAGAAGUUUGUGAAACACAAGCACUUCCAUUGCUCUCAUUGAAUCAUGUGUCCCUCAUGUGUAGAUCAGUGUGGGAGUCUAUGAAAUUUUAUGAAGAUGUUUUGGGCUUUGUCCCCAUCAAAAGACCAUCUUCUUUCAAAUUUACUGGAGCAUGGUUUUAUAAUUAUGGUAUUGGAAUACAUUUGAUUCAGAAUCCAGACAUUGAUGAAUUUGAAACAUAUGUCAAUGAAUCGAGGCCUAUUAAUCCCAAGGAUAACCAUAUAUCAUUCCAGUGUACGGAUGUUGAACUUGUUAAGAAGAGAUUAGAAGAAAAGGGGAUGAGAUAUGUUACAGCAUUGGUAGAGGAUAAAGGAAUCAAGGUGGAUCAAGUGUUCUUCCAUGACCCUGAUGGAUACAUGAUUGAGCUUUGCAACUGUGAGAAUAUUCCAAUCAUUCCUAUUUCUUCAUGCUCUGCCACUUUCAAGCCUAGAAACCAUAGCUUUAAGAGGAGUCCUUCAAAGUGUGGAUUCAUAGAGAAUGUUAUGAUGGAAAACUUGAGCUUGGACAUGAUGAACUUUGCCUUUUAA